AUGCCAGUUAAGGCAGAUGGACACCAGGUGGUUCCCCCAAACUCGCUGGUCUUUGUGAAGGGAAGAUUGUCGUCAGAUGUAUCUGGUACGGCUUUCGUCAAGUUUAAUUGUUGUUCGAAGCCGGGAAAGGAGUGGGUGAUACCAGCCAGUGUCGUGACGGUAAAUGGAGGACUAACGGAGAUACCCCUUGUGAAUUAUUCCCCUGCGGAGUUGAAACUAAGGCGACGGCAUUUCUUUUGUACUGUUGAACUGAACGAUGACGCCGUGUUGUCUACUUUGACAGACGGGGAUUCUGAAAUUUGUACCACCGUUCUUCCAAUAGGUGAUGAAGCCAAAUUCAUCACUCAGGUUAAUAUUGGGGAGGGACUAGACUCUGGUCAACGUGGAAAACUUAUGGGUAUGCUUGAACGUCGACGAAAAUGCUUUCCGAAGUCAAAAAGGGAAAUUGGGCAAACCACUGAAGUUGAACAUCAUAUUGACACGGGGAAUGCUUGUCCGGUGAAAUCUGCACCAUAUAGGGUAUCAGCGUUCGAGCGUCAGAUUAUUGCGGAAAAGGUUGAAGAGAUGUUAGAGGACGGUGUUGUCGAAGAAUCUUUUAGCCCGUGGAGUUCACCCGUCGUUUUAGUUCGUAAAGCAAAAUCUGGUGACUAUCGUUUUUGUAUUGAUUUUAGACGUCUAAAUGCGGUAACGAAACGUGAUGUUUAUCCGUUACCUCGCAUCGACGAUGUUUUGGACAGGUUAGCAGGUGCGCAAUUUUUUUCUUGCUUGGAUUUGGCCAGCGGAUAUUGGCAGGUGCCUGUGGCGUUGGAAGACCGGGAGAAGACAGCGUUUGUCACUCCAGACGGCCUUUACCAGUUUACACGUCUACCGUUCGGGUUGAGCAAUGCUCCGGCGACGUUUCAACGUUUAAUGGAUAGAGUUUUGGCUGGGUUGAAGUGGCAUAUGUGCCUAGUUUACUUAGAUGAUAUCUUGGUUUUUGGUCGAUCUUUUGACGAGCAUUUGACACGCCUGGAGUUGGUGUUAACAGCUCUAGAGCGAGCAAAUUUGACACUAAACAUUGACAAAUGCGUUUUCGGCGCAACCAAGGUAUCCCAUCUGGGACACGUAAUUGAUGCGGAAGGCAUUCAUCCGGAAGGCGAGAAAGUGCGCGCUUUGACUUCCAUGCCUGUUACGAAUUUAAAAUCACUACGAGGUUUUCUUGGACUUGCGUCGUACUAUCGGCGUUUUGUCCCUGAUUUUGCGUCAUUGGCUCACCCUUUGCACGCUCUCCUCAAAAAGAAUGCUGUUUGGCGAUGGACGGAACGUCACGAAGGCGCAAAGAGCAGUAUUGUAGCGCGUCUUACGACUGCUCCUGUUCUGGCUCAUUUCGAUGACGCUCUAGAAGUUACUAUUCAGACUGACGCAAGUCAAACUGGUCUUGGAGCAGUGUUGACGCAAGAUACUGGUGAAGGACAUCGACCUGUGACUUUCAUCAGUAGAAGGCUGUCGGACACCGAAACACGAUAUCACGCCAAUGAGUUGGAAUGCUUGGCGGUGGUGUGGGCGCUCAAAAAGUUGCGCACGUAUGUUUAUGGGAGACAUUUUUUUGUUAAGACGGACAGUUCAGCCGUCAAGUGGAUGAUGGGGAAAAGGGACUUAAAGGGGAAAUUCGCUAGAUGGGUGCUUGAUUUACAAGAGUUUACCUUCACGAUUGAGCAUGUGAAAGGUACUGAUAAUGUUGUUGCGGACACACUGUCCAGGAACCCUGCUUACGGCAUUGAUUCCCGGCCAGAUGGUUGUCUAGCAGUCACCGUAAAAGAACCCGAAGUGGGUUAUGCCUCAAAAGAGCUCGCCCUCUUGCAACAACAAGACGGCCAGCUACGGAAAAUAUUUGUAGCGUUAGAAACCCUUACGCCCUGUAAAAUGUCCCAAGUGGUUGGUCGACUACAGCCCAUCGAACCACCGUCUUCUCCGUUCCAGCUUAUCGGAAUCGAUCACUUGGGCCCGUUUAAGGUUACUGCUGCUGGUAAUCGUCACAUAAUUGUUUCGAUAGACUAUUUGUCGAAGUGGGUCGAGGUGGCUGCUGUACCUGACACGUCGACAAAAUUUGUUACGUCGUUCCUCGAGACGAACAUUAUCUUUCGCCACGGUACACCGCAACGUAUUGUUAGCGACCAGGGAUCAGCCUUCACGUCCCAGAUGUUUUCCGAAUGGGUGACGCGCUGGCAUAUUAAACACAUUUUGGCCACUGCAGAGCAUCCGGAGACUAAUGGAUUAGUGGAAAGAGUCAAUCGUACGCUAACACUUGCAUUGUGCGCCUUUGUCAAUCCCGAACAUACGGAUUGGGACUUACAUUUAGCAGCCGCAACGUAUGCUAUCAAUACUGCCCGCCAAGCCACAACCGAGGUAACGCCGUUUGAACUAGUGAAUGGUCGUCCACCUGUCCUAGCCAUAGAAAAUCUUUUUCCAUGGCCAAAGAACGAAGAAGAACCACAUGCCACUUUUUUGUCACGCGUUUCGGAAUGGAGGUCGUCAGCUCGUUUGCGCAUCGUGGAAAAACAAAGAAAAAGUAAGGAAAGAACGGAUCGAGUUCGGAGGCCGGAACCCGAGUUUCUUCAAGGUGACCUUGUCCUAGUUCGACGGAAGCCAAGAAAGAAAAAUUCCACCAAGAAAUUUCUUCCUAAAUUUGUGGGGCCGUUCCAGGUGGUGCGGAAGCUGUCACAAACAACCUACCUAGUCGAAGAUCUGCCCGCGCAACGGAAGAAGUCAUCGUACAGGCGUUUUAACGUCCACGUCUGCCAGAUUCGUCGCUUCCAUGGUCGGUCGGAUGUGGAGUGGGACGCUUCGGAAGAUGUGGCAAUCGACGAGUCCUCAUCUUCAUCUUCAUCUUCGCCUUCUUCGAGCGACUCAUCUUCGUCCGAGUCGGAAGAGCCUCCACAAGGAAACGUGCCAACAACAACUACAAGAGCUGGGAGACGGACAAAAAGACCUGCAUGGAUGAACGACUACCAAACAUAA